AUGUAAUGGUGCUGAUAAAAUUAAUUUUUAUUAAACUUAAAAACAAACAAACUUAUACAAUAUUAAUGUAGAUUACAAUUGUUCAUACCUAAUACAUCGACACAUCCUCUGCCAGUGCCGUCAAACCCUCCGGUAACUAUUGCAACUUUCUGAUCGAAUUUUAAACAAGCUGUUGAGACCAUCUUGACUGCUAUAAAUAAGUCAUUUUUUACCUAUAUUAUGGAACGCCAAGUUUAUAUCAAUUCAAUUCAGUUAACUAUCUUUCCAAUUCACACAUCCGCAUAUUAUUAAAAGAGUACAGACGCCUUACAAUUGAGUACCGCUUUAUUAUAAUAAAGCCAUUUUACAAUAAAACACACCCGUUUAUAAUAGAGUUCAGCCCCUUUUUUAUAAUACAGCCCCUUUGUAAUGUAGCACACCCCUUUUAUGAUAUAAAACAGCCCCUUUCUUAUGUAGAACAUCCCAUUUAUGAUAGAGUACUGCCUCUAUAUAAAAGCGUCUCUACAGUUUUAAUACUACCGUCACAGACACUGCUAGCUUAAAAUCUGUCAUGCAAUAUACAUUAUUUCUAUUUUAGUUUAGAUUAUUUAAAUGUUUUAAGUGGAUAUUAUGUUGUUCUUUAAGAUUUACCCAUGACAUAAUAAAAGUUAGUAUUACUGCUAAAACUAACGUUACAUCAGGUUAAAUAUACUGUUGGUAGAUCAUUUUUUUUCAUUUUCGUAUUGAAAUACUCUUUGAAAGUAAUUUUCCAAAUUCAAAGAAGGGCAAAUACAAUACGCAAAUACAGCAGGAUGGGGGAGGGGGGGUUAACAUAUAUGAAAGUCAUGCGUUGGAGUUUAUUGAACUUCUAUGUGCCGAGUUGUGCCAUGUUGUAUUUUCGCUCACUUUGCCAUAUUUUCGUGUUUUCGCCUGGCGCCCAGCGGAGCGUAAAUACGACAUGGCACAAAUCAGCCACUAUAAACUACAGCUUAGUAGAUUUAAAUAAUUGGAGAAAAGUUAAACUUAGCAUGUUUGACGUUCCAUAAUUAUGUAAGCUUGAUCUUUAUCGGACACUGGCCAAAAUGUGACCUUUAUGCACUCACGAGAAAAACUAUGUCAAGGUUUGUACAUUAGUAGCAUGUCAUAAAUUUUAUGUCCAAAUUCGAGGUAAAUGUAUAUAAUUAGCUUAACAUGUGUAAAUUCAAUGCAGUUCACACCUGCAAAAUAAUAUACCUAAUUUAAAAAAUUGGUAGAUAAAGUAAGUAAUGUUAAAUAAAGACAACUAGCUGGGAGUGGAAUUAUUUUUUUUUUGUUUGGUUAUUAUUGCAUAUUUAAAAUGGUCAUUAAACACAUUAAAAAACACAUAGAUUUAUAUCGUUAUUUGUAGUAUAGAAACAAAUAAAAGGAAAACUUAUCGAAUAUUUGGAUUUUGUUAUAAAAAUGGAGAAAAUAAUAGCGUAAAAGCACUUAUCAAAAACCUUGUUGUCUAACUUAUUUAAUCUAUCUUAAUUGUUCCGUUUUAAGAUUUUAGCGUAUUUAUUCUUAAAGGGACUCCACUAAAGGUUUUUUUGACAUGAUGGGACUGACAUUUUGUUUCUAUAUCCAUGUACCAUUUGAUGUAGGGUUAGACCACUAAUCUUUAUGCAAAAUUUCAGAUCAUUCGCACACUUCAUUUUUCCAGAAUAAUUAUUCAAAAUGUCAAAAAUGACCAAAACUAUAAAGCGUAUAAACACUUUUCACUCAAAUCGGUCUAGGAAAAGCAUAAAAAUACGAUUUUCAAUUUAUUUCAAAGUAUAUUUCUUAACUGUCUUUGCAUAUAUUUCUGUUUAAAGUACUCUAGCUCAUUUAUGUAAAAAAAAAUAAAUGUUAUGUUUCUAUGCUUUUAAAGCUCAGUGGAGUCCCUUUAAAAACAAAUAUUUAUUGCGGUAUACCAGACUUGUACAUAAAUGUCGUAAUAUACCAUGCGAAGUUCAGGUCAUAAGGUCGCCGUUUAGAUAUGAACUUUAAUUUACCCAGUGUCUAAUGUUUAAACCAUUUAGCGUGAAACUGGCGUGUGUAGAAAUAUAUAGAUAUUACAAACAUUAUAGGAUAAUUGAGGACUUGCUUCAUAAACGGCAGGUCCACAUAAUGGCUGUUGUUAAUAUCUGCGGCCGGUCGACCUAAAUUGCUGUUGUUAAUCUCGGCCGCUGGGCAAACUAAAUGGCUAUAGCCUAUCUCGGCAACCGGGUAACCUAAAUGGUUAUUGUUAAUCUCGGCGGUCGUAUGGUAUGUGUCUUAUAUAUGUAUUUUUAAGUGAAAACGCCAUCAUAAAGUACUUCAUGAUGAUCAAAAUACUUAUAAAGUUAGUUGCUGCAUUAAAAUACAAUGAGAUAUUGGUGAAGACAGAAUAGAGGAAUCCAAGUCUAAAACAGUUCAAAAACUGCAUCCUUCAAAUGGGACUAAGUACAUACCGUACAUAUAGCUAGUUAAAUUUUAUUUUCCAAAAUGUGUAAUUAAAAGAUACUCGGCAGUGCGUUUUACUGUUGCCUUUAAUUACCGAGAGUUAUUUUAACUAUGCUAAACCUAUAUCGUAGAACACUGAUUGCGUGUCCAGCGAGUACCGGGAACAGGAUGGCAAAUAGCCCGUAUCUACCGGAAGUCACAAUGAAAGCAAACAGUUUACGACCGAAACACUUGUAAGAAGAGCUAUAGUUAUAUCUGAUUUUUUGAUAAUAGAAAAGAAACUACUACAAACAAUAUUAUAAUUACAGCAUGGCAAAUACAGUAAACCAACCAGCUUUGCGUUUUAAAGACAAAGUUGCCAUAGUAACUGGUGGAGUACAAGGGAUAGGUCGAGGCUGCGUUGAUGUGUUUGUUGAACAAGGCGGAAAAGUAGCAGUAUUUGACAUCAAUGACGACGUUGGAAAAGCCAUGAAGUCUGAUGGACCUGGGGAAAUUAUAUACUUCCACUGUAACAUGAGAAAAGAGGAAGAAGUUAAGAAUUGCGUGGAAGAAACCGUGAAGAAGCUGGGUAAAAUUGACUGCCUUGUGAACAAUGUUGGUUGCUAUUAUGGUCCAAAAAGUAUUGACGAGAUAUCUGUACAAAACUUCCGGGACCUAUUAGAGGAUAAUUUAAUUAGUAAUUUUACUGCAAGCAAGUAUGCGCUCCCAUAUCUACGAAAAACAAAGGGCUCAAUUGUUAACAUAUCAAGUAUCAGUGCCAAUGCUGCAUUCAAGAAUUCAACAACUUACUGCGCUACAAAAGGUGGCGUGAAAGCACUGACAAAAGCACUGGCUAUUGACGAGGCCAAGUAUGGAGUGAGAGUGAACUCUAUUGCUCCAGGGGCUAUAGAAACACCAUUACUACGCGAGGUUUGGCCGAAGGAGACUAUUGCAACGCUGGAAAGUUGUCAUACUAUUCAAAGAAUAGGUAAACCCCGAGAGAUAGGACUUGCUUGCCUUUUCUUGGCCGUGGAUGCCACGUUUACAACGGGAGAGGAGCUGAUGUGUACAGGGGGAUGUGAAAUUGGAUACGGAAAUAAAAAUACGGGACUACCCUGCUGAUGGUGUGACAUCUUCACUUAUCUUAAGGACUUGUAAAAUCAGUAAUGAUGCUGUCAGAAACAUAAGCAAACAGACUGACUAUAGACCUUCUGUCAAGCGCGUAUACAUGUUGAUCCCCUGACAUAAAAAAAACCUGAACAAAAUAUAUAGAUCUAUCAUACAAGAGAAUUGCAUAUACAAAUAUAUAUUUAAGUAUUCGGUGUGUAAGUAAUAUAUGGAAUUUGGUUGUAUGAACAUGGUUUUACUUUUUUCAAUUAAUAAAUCAUUUUGUAAAUACUUCUUUCAAUGUAGACUCUUGUAAUUAUAUCUUAUUGAAAUUUGCUGACAUUUUCAUAACUUU